UGUAAACGCAGUAGCAAAUUUCUCUUAGUUGGGAGGUGGCUGUUAUUCAGAAUUCGGAAGGAAUCAACGAUGUUGUAUGCAACAAGGUUUAGGGUUUCUGUUCGUCAAAUCCCCAAUUUUGUUCCACUCUCCAGUCUCCCUCCUUCCUUCCCUUCAUCUUCCUGUUCCUGUUCAUGGACAAGCCUUCACUUUCAUUCUGAGCCUCCAUCCCUUCGUGAAGUUGACGAUGCUGUUGAUUCCUUCACUCGCAUGCUCUCUAUGCGUCGUACUCCUCCCAUCCUUCAAUUUAACAAGAGUUUGGGAUCCCUUGCCAAGACGAACCAUUUCCACGCCGCCAUUUCCCUUUUUCAACAAUUGCAAGCCAGAGGAAUUGCGCCCAGCAUAGUCACUUUGAAUAUCUUAAUCAAUUGUUGCUGCGGCAUGGGUCGGAUCCCUCUCGCUUUCUCUGUAUUCGCCAAGAUUCUCAAGAUGAGUUUUCAACCUGGUACCAUAACAUUGAAUACACUCAUUAAAGGUCUCUGUCUCUGUGGUAAAGUUGAAAAAGCACUGCACCUUUACGACACAAUGCUGGCUCAAGGAUUUCAGUUUAAUCAAGUUACUUAUGGGACGUUGAUCAAUGGGCUCUGUAAGAUCGGACACACAUCAGCUGCUAUUCAAGUGUUGAGAAAGAUCCCACGGCAUGGAAUUGUUCCUGAUGUCGUCAUGUACAAUGCAAUUAUUGAUAGCCUCUGCAAGGUUACACUUUUAAGUGAUGCUUUUCAUUUAUUCUCUGAAAUGCUUGCUAAGGGAAUUUUUCCCAAUGUUAUCACGUACAACACUCUAAUUUAUGGAUUGUGCCUUGCGAGUCAACUAAAAGAAGCCAUUGAUUUACUAAAUCAUAUGAUGCUGAAAAACAUUACUCCAAAUGUUCGUACCUAUAGUACUUUGAUUGAUGGACUAUGUAAGGAAGGAAGGAUUAAAGAUGCUAAGAAUGUGCUUGCCAUCAUGAUGAAAAGAGGUGUGAAACCGGAAGUGGUUAUUUAUAACAGCUUAAUGGAUGGAUAUUGUUUGGUUAAUGAGAUGCGUUCCAAGAACUUGGUUCCUGACACGAUAACUUACAGUACUCUUAUUGAUGGCUUGGGAAAAUCAAGGAGAAUCCUUUGUGCCUUGGAGGUUCUUGAAAAGAUGCAUGAUCGAGGUCAACCCGCUAAUAUAGUCACUUACAGUUCUUUGCUGGAUGCUUUGUUCAAUAUGAAACAACAUGACAAGGCACUUAUGUUAUUCAAUCAAAUGAAAGAGAGUGGCAUUGAUCCAGAUAUAUAUACAUACAACAUACUUAUAGAUGGCCUGUACAAAAGUGGAAGAAUUAAAAAGGCAAAAGAGGUAUUUCAAGAUCUUUCCAUUAAAGGCUAUCGUCCAAAUGUGCGGACAUACACCAUUGUGAUCAAUGGGCUUUGCAAAGAGGGUCUGCUUCUCGAAGCAUUGGCACUCAUGGCAAAAAUGGAAGACAAUGGUUGCUUACGUUUUUGGAUUAUUGUAUUGACAUUGUUUAAACAUGUUGAAAAAGCUUUUAUUAUUAAAACAUGGUUUGGAGUUUUGUUGUUUGUUAUCAGCUACACCUGUCUUAAAAGAUCUGGUGAUUCUAACCCCAAGAAAUAUUCAUUUGAUCUUGUGAAGGGUAUAAUCAUGGUUUAUUUUAAUGCUGGUGUCGAAACCAUUGCAGAAGCAAAUCAGUGGUUCUCAAGUGCCACAAACCAGAGACAAUGUAAGCAUGAGAAGGCUCAAUCAUGGAAUAUGUAUCAAUAA